UACAAGGAACAUUGUUUUCUACUUCCACUCCAUUCACUUUGACUCUCCAAGAUGGUUCAAUACUCUUUCUUGCGUUUCCUUGUUCUCAGUUUCUCUCUGCUUCCUCUCUUGGCUGAAGAUGAAAAGAAAUACCAAGGGAAGUGCCCAACAUCUUUUCAAUGCGGUGAGUUUGGGGAACUCCAGUUUCCAUUCACCAACACAACAAACCUGGGCUGUGGUUUGCCCAUAAAGCGUUGUGAUGAUGAAAAUACAUUUAAAGUAGUCCAUUCACCAAAAACAUUGUAUAAACUAGAAUCCAUCGAUGGGAGCAAUUCAAUCUCUGUCACAGACCACCACCUUCGGAAACUCUUGAACAACAGAAGCUGCAAUGCCUUCACUUACGAUCUUAAAGAAACCCUUCCUCAGAACUCCUCCAUGCUGCAUUUUCAGAUCGAAAUGAAACACAAUAUAACCUUGUUAAGAUGCAGACACGCCCUUGAUAAUAGCACUAAAUACAUACAUCACAUAAGCUGUAACGACUCCGAAAUCUACUACCCUUCUCAAAAUUUUGGAACGGAUAACAAUGACAUGCUUGAAAAUGCAUGUUCAACCCUCCAGCUUCCAAUUAAUUCAUCGCUUCCUGUGGACAAUUCCACAGACUUGUACACUUCCGUACAUGCUGGAUUCCGACUGCUGAUAUCGGUAUCAGAGAAUUGUCGCGAGUGUCAAGAAAAUGAAGCUCAAUGUCAAGUUCACAACUUUCGUUGUACCGGUACCAAAGGAGCAGCAGAACCCUCCAAGCGUAAACAAGCAGUUGACAUUAUUCUAAAAUCAGGUAUUUAUUUAUAUGUUCUGAAAAAUUGGAAGGUAUAAAUAUUGUUUACUUUAUAUAUUUUUAGCCUGCACUUCUGACUGAUUUCCAAGGUAAUGCAUGUUUGAGGGCGGUGGUGGGUUCAGCCAAAAACAUGUUCAUUCCCAGGUCGAAAGCAAUACAACAGAGUUUCUUCCAUUUUUGACACCAUGAUUUUGGUAGGAGUAAUGGAUUCUAAAUGUUUUCCAAACACACUAGUAGUAGAUCACUAGAGUACUAGACUGCCUUAUCAUAGUUUUCACAUUUUUUAUCUCCUAUGGAUACCUCUGUUCAGUUGAAAACAGUAUACUUUGCUAGUGGCAUAUACAUGCAUUGUGGAGAUAAUACUGUAACAAUAUCAAUUAUAGCAAAUCAAAACAAUUGAGAUAGAACAAAAUUGAGGAGAUUUUGUUGAUAUGAUUGUAUUUUUACUGUAAAUAGAUUUUUUCGCAUAUAUAAAAAUAAGAUAGAAAACGUUUUUUCUGCAGUCAAAUUAUACUACUUGCCUUCAUAAUACUAGGGAAGUUGGAACUGCUGCGAGUUUUAAGAGUUAACAACUCUUGCUUGCAGCAGUAGCCUAAAUAUCUUAAGAAAAAUCCAAAAUAUACUGAACUAGGGUUAAAUUUUAUGGCUUUUACAAUUUAAAAUUUAGGUGCUGUUUUUGUUUGUAAUGAAAAU